AUGAUGGGCCGACGCAAGAAGACAGCUGACCCAUCCUUUGCAACACAUGUUUCAUUCUUUGAAAACAUAGCGGUGGAUCAAGAUUGCAACAUCAUCGAGAAUGUUACGGAAUAUGAUGAGCAAAUUGUGAAGGAUGCCCUUCCUGCCUUCUCAGUCACAGCUGUCAAGGUGGACCCGCGGGUCUUCGGCCUUGGCGUUGCCAGAGCCAGAAUUUACAUCAUCGCCAUUCGCCGAUCCAAGCUUCGCUGGAAGCCAGGGUUUUGCUUGGAAGACUUCAUGGAUUCAGUGACAGCACAGGUCACACUUCAAUCUACAGACUACUUCUGGAAGAAGCUGCCUCCUCAAAAUCUUUCUCGAAGUGAUGACACCAGGUUGCAAAAUGAUGGCAUGAAGACUUUCACAUUUCAAGGCUUUCAAGAACUUGAGCUCAAGGAUCAGAACUUGAAGGAUUACCAGGGCUCGCGCUACAAGCAUAUGGUGGACUUAUCGCAGCUUGCGAGAAACAACCGCGGUCGUGGGGAAACUAUUGACAAUGCGGCACACAAGCGCUGCCUCACCGGAGCUGAGCUGCUGGCAUCUCACACUUUGCCCACAACACCUGCCCAGGCGAAAUGGGCUGGCACCCCACAGCUGGCGCUGGAUUCUGUGAAAGAGACCAACCAGGUGUGCAUGAGUGGGAAUGCUAUGAAUGUGCCCUCAGUGGGCUGCAUCAUUUUAGCGUGUGUGUUGGGUUUGGAACAGAUUUGA